CUAGCUUUGAUUCUGUGCAUAGGCAGUCUUGACUGUCUCCUUCGAGCUGUCCAUCAUGAGCCAGAUAUUAGGAGACCGCUCUCUACAGGAUAUUGAGAAUGAGCUCGAUAUUACGAUCUAUCCCGGGACUGAGGUGAUGGCAGAUGUUGGAUCUCACCAUUUCAUUAAAUCCGGCGAUAGUAAAGAUGAGGGUCGCGUACUUGUUCCCCAGCCUUCCGAUGACCCUCUCGAUCCUCUGAACUGGACUGCGCUAUGGAAAAUCACGACUUUGCUUUGUGUUAGCUUUGUGUCUAUCAGUCAGAAUCUUGGUCCUCUUGCAAAUGCGCCUCUAUUCGGAUUAUAUAUGCAGGAGUGGAACAUUGAGCUGGCUGAUGCUGUUCAGACGACUGCUGUGACAAUCCUGAUACUUGGCUUCAGCAAUUUAGUAUGGAUUCCGAUAUCGACAUGCUUCGGCAGAAGGCCAGCUCUUAUUUUCAGCACUCUAGUAUGUACGGUCUCUUCAAUUUGGAGAGUGCGGGCUACUAGUUAUAAAUCAUUUCUUGGAGCAGCAGCCCUCAACGGUUUCGGCGCUGGCCCCUGCGAAAGUAUGAUGCCACAAAUAAUUUCUGACAUUAUUUUCCUUCACGAUCGGGGUAAAUACCAGACAUUAUACUUUACAAUUUACUUUGGAUCGCUUGCUAUUGGCCCUAUUAUAGCUGGCAGUAUGGCUGAACGUUUUGGGUGGAGGAGCUUCUGGUGGUUUAACACAGGCCUUCUCAUUUUCACUCUGGUUCUCAAUAUUGGGCUACUUCCAGAAACACGGUUUGCUCGAAAAACACAAACCAAAACGUUUUCGGAGCCGGCUGCGCCUAUUGAGUCACCAGAAUUAAAGAGCAGUUCUGUUAUAGAUCACUCGGAGAACGUUUCUAACCAGCAACCUCAGGAUCAUUGGCUAUCGCGAGGACGCCCAUCUCUCAAGCAAUUCAGUCCUUGGGGCUCAUAUCAUGGGAAUAUUUUGCAAGAAUUAUGGCUUCCGUGGUACCUUCUGGUCUUCCCUAUCGUCGAAUUUGCUGCUUUUGUUGUUUCUUUUUCCGCGUCUGGCUUUCUAUUGGCUAACCUAACCCAACAACAAUUUUUUGGAGCACCGCCUUAUAACUUCUCAACUGAACAGGUCGGAUUUACCAAUUUCGCUAUUUUUGUUGGCGAGAUGAUUGGAUUAUUGACGUCUGGUCCACUGUCAGACUGGGUUGCAGGUUACUUUACCAAGCGCAAUCGAGGCAUUAGGGAGCCCGAAAUGAGACUAAUCGCCAUGAUUCCAUACACCUUAAUCAUGAUGAUUGGCCUUAUUGUGGUUGGCGUGGGUUAUAGUCGCUUAUGGUCGUGGCAGGUCAUUGUCAUUGUCGGGUAUACUUUGCUCGGAAUGCAAGUAACAAGUUUGCCGAGCAUAGCGUCAACUUACGCCGUUGACAGCUAUAAACCAGCCACGGGUGCUAUUUUUGUUGCAAUUACUAUUAACAAGAACGUGUGGGGCUAUGGGUUUGGCAAAUUUAUCACGCCCUGGACAAUUGAUGCUGGUUAUCUCGCGCCUAUUAUGGCACUAAUGGCCUUAAUUACAUUGGUCUGCGGUUUUGGUUUCUUCUUUUGGGUUUUUGGAAAGUCUAUUCGAGGCAGAUCAAAGGACUCGUUUCUACACCAACUGGACAGCUAGAAUCUGAGCAUGCAACACAUUAAUUGGACGAAUUUGCAACCAGAGACAUAUAUUGCUACUUAUUGGUUGAGUUUUUGUGGGUAGCUAUAACGGCUGGUAAAUUGGACUUGAUUGCUUAUAAAACAACCUGUUCCGGCG